AUGAAGGCAUUGACGGACAGCAGGCGGCGCCUCAGCUUAUCCUCCAGCAAUAAUGAUGAGGACGAUGAGACCAUGUGCAGCAGCGCAGCCGUCAAGCGGAGCAUUGUCUACUACCUUAAAAACAGCACUCUGCACGGGCUCAAGUACAUCGCCGAGGAGAGCAUUACUAUUCCAGAGCGCGUCUUCUUUGGGAUCGCCUUCGUUCUGGUGGUGAUCCUGUCGGGUUUCUUUAUAUCGAACGUGUACGUCAAGUGGAGCGCCUCGCCCAUCAUUAUCUCGACGAGCGCCAAGCAGAAGCUCACCAGCAACAUGCCCUUCCCGGCGAUUACCAUCUGCAACUUGAACCAGGCCCUGCUCAGCCGCGUGCAGCGCAUCUCGCGCUCCAGCAGCAACUACUCGCUGCUGAUGGGCCUCUGCGACCAGGGCGGAGACCUGACCAUCUCCUACAUCGGCACCUGGAAGUACUUCAAGGCGAUACUGUUGGAUGUGGCCCAGCCUUGCGACGAGAUGCUGCUCUACUGCAGUUUCGGUUCGCGCCAGGAGCAGUGCUCCAUGCUCUUUAACUCGAUCCUCACCGACGAUGGCUUGUGCUGCAACUUUAAUGCCCUGGACCCCUCGUAUCUGAUACGCAACUACAGCGACGAUAUCCGGCUGGAGCCGCCCCAGCAGAACGGCCGGUACGAGGCCAUCGACUGGACCGCGGAACGCGGCUACGCCAAGAAGCUGCCCGAGUUCUUCUAUCCCCGGACCUCGGGCGGCACCGGGAUUCGCAUGGGGCUCACUGUGGUGCUCAAUGCUUCGAUAGCUGAGUAUUACUGCACCAAGUCCAUGAGCGUGGGCUUUAAGGUGCUCGUCCACAAUCCCGCCGAGCUGCCCAAGGUCAGCAACUAUGGCCUCAUUGUGACGGCGGGAAGGGAGGCGAGGAUACCCAUUGAGCCCGUGUACGAGGAUGCUCUGCCCACAAUUAGAUCCAUCAAGAGGUCGGUAAGGCGCUGCCUCUUCUCGGACGAGAACGAUCUGGCCUACUACCGCACCUACUCCCGCAAGAACUGCGAGCUGGAGUGCGAGGCCAAGCUGCUGCUCCGCGAGUGCAACUGCGUCCUCUACUACCUUCCCCGGAUCGAUCCGGCUGCCCGGGUCUGUGGGCCGAACGACAACAUCUGCACGAACCGCGUCCAGACGGAGAUCGAGUCCUCGCUGACGAACCUCUCCUGCGAGAGCUGCUGGCCCGGCUGCUUUGAGCUGACCUACAAGGCCACCCUGUCCACCUCGUCGAUUGUGUCGGAUCCGAGGUUCCAGUCCGGCGAGGACCUGCCCGAGUACAUCUUCAAGGGCGAGUACAGCAAUGCCAGCGAGCUGUCCAUUCUGCACUUCUACUAUAUGACCAACACCUUUCGCAGCACCACCAAGUCCGAGAUGUUUGGCUUCACGGAAUUCCUCUCAAACACUGGCGGCCUGCUGGGCCUCUUUAUGGGAUUCAGCAUAUUCUCGGUGAUCGAGAUCGUCUACUACAUCACCGUCCGUCCGUACUGCGCAUCGCGAACGCUGCACCAACGUCGCCGGCGGCGCCUCGAGCAUCUCCGCUGGCUGACGCCCAUUCGGGCCCCUGCCAAGCAGCUCCAAGGAAGACUUCGCAGACGCCGCAUGCUGCCACCUGCCUACAGCGAGCUCCAGCAGCGGCAGAUGAAGGCGCGCCAGAAGCAGAAUCUUUGGCAGACAUUGCGCGUUCGGCCAGCGGACUCCGGGUCGGAGCCGCCCGUCUAUCCGUACCUGGACUAG